AGGAAUGGUCACAGAUCUACUGAAGGGGGAGGAGAGGGCCAUAGACGCCGUUUAACAAGUGAGGUACGACUGUGGCGACAUAGAAGAAUUGGACCUGUACAAGAUAUACAUGACAGUUCCCUUAGAAUCAUCAGUUAAAUUAUUAAAAUGUUACACACAACAAGAAACAUGCAUUUAAGCAGGCUUUGUUCUGCUAUGAACGUUCUGAUGUACCAAGGUCAGUCUGAGGGGAAACUGCUGGAAACAUACAAUGUUGUACCGUCAAAACGGGAUAAAGUUGCGUUCGAAACUGACGACGAGUGUGUCAAAAUACUUAACAUUGUACAAUCAGUAAUGAACACUGUAUAUAUUCCAAUCGGUACAAUAGGAGACGGAAACUGCUUGUACAGGGCUGUUUCGUCUGUUGUUACAGGCAGUGAAGAUAACCAUGUAUUACUGAGACUUAUCACUGCUUUAGAACUCAUAAACAAUAGGUCAUUUUAUGACACCAAAAAACCUCACAAUGAUUUCAUUAAUGACUGCCGAAUUGUUACAAGUGAAUACGAUAAAUUAGUCCAUGAUGCAAUUAAGAAAAACACUUAUAGUGAAAUGGCACAUAUAUAUGCCCUCAGUGCUGCCCUGUGCGAACCGAUACAAUCCUAUUUUCCACCGCAAAUAAAACCAGAGCUGUCUGCAGUGUUUACUAGAACCGUCGUAGGUCGGGAUGUGCCACAAGAUCUUGCUCCACAGGUGAUGUUAAUGUGGAGCUCAAUGAAAGCCCCGGUGACAUUAACUACUUACCGAGCCAACCACUUUGUGCCGUUAAUCAAUAAAGAAACAAUCCAUGACAAUAUCAAAACAAGUGAAAACAAGGUCCAGGAAACAAACUCUGAAGCUGAAAUCAAACAAACUGAAGAACAAUUGAUAAACACCGACACUAGUGCUAAUUUUGACUCAUAUCCACUUUUUGACGUUGAUUGUAACACAUCAGCCUCCUUUGGCCGAGGAUAUGGAUGCGAAACUUUGGACGAACCUGUCACUCUAUCCGAUAUUUCGGUACGUGACUUAGUGACAGGGUCGCCUGAAGCUUCAAAUCCAUCUCCUACUAAGGAAUCUGACUCUGUUAGUGCUUCACAGGCUAUGGAGUCAGACAUGCAUGGGGUGCUUGUUUCAGGGUUUCUCGACACCAGUAACAUUAUUGCCCAUCUCCUGAAAGAUGUCCCUGGCAUAGCCAAAAUUCCAUCUGGGUCAAAGGAGAAUGUAUACUUUAUAUUGGAUAACAAGGUCAAUUCAGAUAAGAAGUCAAAUAAAAAAAAAAAGCGCAUUUGCAGAUGACCGGGGUGUUUGGAAUUCUUCGUCCGGUGCCUCUCCAAAAACACAUUAUAUUUUGCACGAGAAUGGUGACCUUAGUGCAGUAUAUUUAAGGCAAGGUUAAUUUUGUUCCAAAAAGCAGGUCAAAACACAAGUUGUUUACACUCCCUUAAAUCCUCAGCCUCAGAAAAAACAGAUAGUUGUACUUCACCACUACUAUACAACUCUCAAGCAGGAUAAAGGUUAUAAAAAGAAAGUCACCUGGCUAGGAGAGGGGGGUCUUGAAAGUUGGGAAAUUUCCUGGGCACGCACCCCACGGCUUAUCUCAAAACGACCAACAACAAUACAUACGCAAACCCAACUAUGUGAUGGACAACAUUGAAAAAAUGACGAAACAGAAAUGUAAACCUGCAGACAUAUACUUGACACUGAAGGACAAAUACGACGAAACGACAAGACCUGAGAUAGACAAAAUUUACCAGAAAGCUUGUUACAUCAAGUCAAAGACAGCUGAAGACAACGGACAAUUACUUACGACAAACAUUGCAGACCAAAUAUGCCAUCUGGACAAUUUGGUUACAGACAAUGACAAUUUCGUACAGGCCUCAGUCAGGACUGGUAGUAAAACCCCGACAUUCUUACUCUAUACAGACGAACAAAUUGAUGAAAUCAAGAUGAUAUGUUGCUCUGGACAGACUGCUCUAGGUGUGGACAAGACCUUCAACCUAUGUUAAAGAUGCACGUGAUGGUCACUUGUUUCAAGCGGUUGACAGUGACUGGUGACAAGACGAACGAACCGCCACUGUUCAUUGGACCCAUGUUCAUCCAUGACAAUAGUGACUAUGAGACAUAUAGUCACUUUUUUCACCAUCUUAGACUGAAGUUGGGGAUGAACCUAACUAAACUUGUUAUAGGUUCCGACGAAGAACAGGCAAUGGUCAAGGCCAUCAUGACCGAGUUUCCAUGCUCUAGUCAUGUUUUAUGUACUAGACAUUUGAAAGAAAACACCCGACAGCACUAGAUUAACGAGGGGUUCCUAUUGCAGACAGGGAGGUCAUUAUGUGGAAAAUAUUUGGGACAGACGCAACAGAUGACGCUAGCUUUGACACUCUUAGUGACGAUGUUGUAGAACACUAUACAAAUUUUUCCAGUAAAUUUUUGCAGUACUUUAGCAAAAGACUUCAACCAAACCUAAAAUCCAAAGUUAAUGAACCAAUGAAAGAAGGCUUAAUCCCCAGCACUGGUCUUUAAAAAAUCAUAUGGAACCAUAAUUUGAUAAUGUUUAAUAAUACAAUUAUUUAUAAAAUCAUUUUCAGAUAAAACAAACUUGUGACGACAAUGACAUUUAAUACUAUUCGAUUACUUUAUCAAAGGGAAGUAACUCAGUAUACAAUUAUCACUCACUUUGAUAAAAUCCAAAUUAAACCACUUUAAAUUUGACAAAUUUCUUCAAAAUUUUGUCUGUUAAACUAUAUUAUCAUAUGCUAUCAGUAUAUAUUAACUUAAAUUUCAUAACAGUAAUACUUUUAGAAAUAUAAGUAGUUUUCGGUAAUGAAAACUGGUUUUCGGUAGUUUUCGGUAAUGAAGUAGUUUUCGGUAUUCCCAAGUACCCGUUUUUACAAGUUCUUCGGUUACGAUUAAAAAAUGUAAACAACGGACUCUGUCAAUGAAUCAUUGGAAUGAAUGAAAGACAGUCGAUCUUAGUCAAAAUUCUGAUUGACAGUGAAUGCUAAUGACGUCAUUUGUUGCAGAAAGGUAUUUAGUUUGUAACUGUAGUUUCCAAUCAAUUAAAAUCCUCUAAAAACUGGUAAAAUGAUUGCUUAUAUUUGGACAAAGCUCAAUGUUUUUGCCGUUCGCCUGCUGCUAAAGGGCAAGUGUAAAAGAUUCAGUGCAAGUUAUAUUUCACUGGUACUACCAGUUAUUAAGUUCAUACUCAUGUCAUGUCAUAAAACAUGUCAGAGAAAUUUGGGCACUUUUGACCGAUUGAAACGUUGGCAACAUAAGAUUAUAUUUUUUCUUUACACGAAAAUUGCCGUUAGGUAACAAAGCGAAUUCGCCGAUAAUUCGGAGUACACUGAUUAUGAUGUUACUGUCACAAAAUUGUUCCAAUUCAUGUAAUGUAUUAGGUGCACUUAAACUGCCUAGCUAUAGCUACUGCUCUUAUAGGGAAGUGGUAGAAUGUCUGCCUUAGGUGUGAGAGGUCCUGGGUUCGAGUCCCAUUUGGAGCUUUAAUGUUUCAGAUGUUCUAUAUUUUUAGCACACAGUAUCAUGGAUGAUUAUUUAGCAAUCCAGAUCACAGCUGAAUGUUAAAUCAAAUGCACCCAAUUAGAAAAUAUUCACUAUAUUAUGUCCGUUUGAUGUUUCUGCUCUCCAUGUUCAAGAAGAGUUAUAUUUCCUUGAUCACAAAAUUUUCUUUUACAUGAAAAUAUUAAAUGCUCAUAACUUUACGCUUCUAGUUAAGAUAUUGUCAAUAUAUCUAUUUAUAAGAAAUAUAUGGACAUUUGCCUUCAUUGCAAAGCUUUUUAACUUCAUACCUAUGAUUUUAAAAAAUUAGGUACUAUCUCUAUCUUAUUUCGUGUAUCAUCUGAAAUGAAACUGCUAUAUAAAUGUAGAUGAGGAAAUACUGAGUUGAUAUAUCAAAAUCACAUGAUUUUUUUUCUGUGGAUAAAUAAUAAGCAAAUAAGUCCACAUGGCAAUGUCAUGUGAAGUACGCCACACAGCCCAAUUUUGUCUCUUUUUUUCUAUUUUACAUGUGUUAAAACAUUACUUGCCACAGAUUUUUCAAGCUUCCUUUUCUAAACUUAGGUGACUAUCAAUGUGAAGUGUACUAAGCCAUAUACCAAUAAUGUAGAAUAAUAAAUGACGCAUCAUUAAAACGUUUGGCAGGAAUAUUGUGUUGGUCAUCGCUUGGAAAUCGGUGUUGAAGUCAGAUCAUGAGGUAACACUUUGUGUUUUGAAUCGAAAAUCAUGGAAACAGACAAAUGCAAUGCUGCAAUAGGUUUAAAGGGACAAUGCAUUGAAGAAAACAAAAUUUUAUUAGUGGAAUGGGACAUCCAAAAGUUGUCAGGAGAAUAUUGCUGACAACUUGUUGUACUAUUGCUGACAACUCGUAGUACAGACAUGAAAGAAAGUUCUGUGAUGUUUCAUAAACUUAAGGGCUCCUU